AUGGCUCGUAAUAGCGAAAAGGCGCAGUCUAUGCUGUACCGCUUUCGGGCGCAGCAGGCAGCGGACAUGGGAAUCAUCGAUAUCGGACGCGACCGCCGACCCAAGGCCAUCACGAGCGUCGACUCGUUCCCGACGUGCGAGCGCUGGCGAGGCCAAGUUCUUCGAGAACUUUCACGCAAGGUCACUCGAAUCCAAGAACCAAGUUUGACCGACUACCAAAUCCGAGAUCUGAACGAUGAAAUCAACAAGCUCAUGCGCGAGAAAUUUGCAUGGGAGAUGCAGAUUCGCAACUUGGGAGGUCCCAACUACACACGUGGAUCCGGUCGAGUUUACGAUGACGAAGGGCAAGAAAUUCCUGGCAGCGGCAGAGGUUAUCGGUACUUCGGUCGGGCGAAAGAAUUACCCGGUGUCAAAGAGUUGUUCGAAGCCGCGGUGCGACGCUCGAAAGGGCAGGACGAAGAGAAAGCUGUUUCUGGUCGCGGUGGUGACAUUGCGACGCGAAAGGUCGAUGCCAAUUACUACGGAUACGGCCUUGACGAAGAAGAUGGCACUCUCCUCGCAUACGAGCGACAACGAGAGAAAGAGGCCGCUGAGUACGUUCGUAGCAAGAACCAGGAGGAUGCCGAAGAUGGUUGGGAACCGUUGCCGGGUGAUGCUGGUGACGGCGUGGAAUGGCGACUUCCUUCACUGGAUGAAGUGCAAGAGGAACUGGUUGAUCGACGACGCAGACGUCUGUUGGAUAAGAUUGCCUAA